UUUUUUCACUUUAAUAAAACUUAUGAUUGUCUCUUUAUUGAACUCAGCACAGAAUCUUGGAGAAAGAUUUUUGUAAAGCUAUAAGGAAUAAUUUUUGCUAGGAAGGGUUAGUUUUUUUGCUGGAGACUUUUCUUGGAUAGAUUGCCAACCAAACUCAACCUGAAAACGAAAGGCUUCCAACUGGAGGGAGGUGUUUUCAACGUUGACAGUUGUGGGAGAUGUGGAGAAGAAGCUGAGGAUGAAGAACACAUCGUGCUUAUUUGCAGCUUUGAUUAUCAAUUGUGGAUGAACACCAAAAUUUAGAAAGAAAGUGAGAGAGAGAUGAGAGGCAGAAGUAGAGAGAGAGUGACUAGGAAGCAAGGAAGAAAAUCAGCACGGACAUGGGAUCAUUACAGCAGAAUAGGGAGAAGCAGAGGUUUCCAGCCAGAUCGGAGAAUUGAUAGGGCAGCAUACAAUCAAGCCAUCCCAUUCUUCUUCACCAACUUUCCAGGGGACUGGAAUCAUGAGCAGAUGUGGAGAACCUUUAGAGGAUAUGGAAGAGUUAUCGACAUACACGUACCAGCCAGGACAGAUAAGUAUGGAAGACGAUUCGGGUUUGUCCGAUAUCUUGAUGUGCAGAAUGUCCGUAUGCUGGAGAGGGAGUUAGAUCAGAUAAAGGUAGGAGGGAUCAAGAUUCACGUAAACCAACCAAGAUUUGACAGGAAAGCAAAAAUACAGAGGGACGGAAGCCAGAACAAUGCCGGAAAGACCAUCAGCUUUGAAGCAAAUAGAAGAGCAGAUAUGACUUAUGCAGACAUCCUUAGAGGCUCAAAGAAGAAUGGACUUGGGAAGUGAUCAAAUAUUUUUUUUCUACUUUAACCUUAUCAUUAUCCAUUUAUUUUGAUUCAUUAUUGUAUACUCCUCUAUCUCAAGAUAACUAUUAGUUUUUUUACUUUUUUCAUAAAUUAAGAAUUUGAAG